AAUAAAUUAUUUUUGUUUUGCAGGUUCGAUAAGCAAUAUAGACGGUGCCGAGUAUCAUUGCAAUAAAACAGCUGUGCGAAAAGUUAUCAGCGGGGUAGUUGGUGCUGCGAGUUCGGUCACAUCUAUCCAGGUGGCAAACCUUCUUCGACUUUUCCGAAUACCGCAGGUCUCUUUCUUCUCAACGAGCCCGGAGCUUUCCAACAAGCAACGUUUCGAAUAUUUCACUCGCACAAUACCGAGCGAUCAUUACCAGGUUAAAGCAAUGAUAGACAUCGUGCUAAAAAUGGGAUGGAGCUACGUGUCCAUCAUAUACGAGGAAAGCAAUUACGGUAUAAAGGCCUUUGAAGAGCUGGAAGAACUAUUAGGAAAGCACGACAUAUGCAUAGCGAUCAAGGAGAAGCUGGUGAAAGAUUCUGGCGUGGCUGAAGAAACUGCGUACGAUAAUAUUGUGUUAAAAUUAUUAACAAAGCCCAGAGCAAGAGGAUGUAUCAUAUUCGGAUCGGAUCAAGAAGUUGCCGGAGUUAUGAGAGCAGUUAGACGUUGCAAUGCAACCGGUGCGUUUUCGUGGAUCGGCAGCGACGGAUGGAGCGCCAGGGGGUUAGUUAGUAACGGUAACGAGCCAGAAGUUGAGGGUACACUAUCAGUUCAACCUCAAGCCAAUCCUGUCAAGGGUUUUGAAGAGUACUUUCUGAAUUUGACCGUGGAGAAUAACCGAAGGAAUCCGUGGUUCGUUGAAUUCUGGGAGGACCACUUCCAAUGUAGAUACCCAAACGCAUCCAGGACCCCAUACAACCAGAAGUACACGAAACCGUGCACUACAAAGGAACGUUUAACGAAACAGAACACCGCGUUCGAGGAUCAGCUGCAAUUCGUGUCGGAUGCAGUAAUGGCAUUCGCUUACGCGUUUCGAGACAUGCACCGGGACCUCUGCCACGGUAAACCGGGACUCUGCGACGCGAUGAAGCCGACCAAGGGCACGGAGCUGCUGAAAUAUUUGAGGAAAGUGGAUUUCGAAGGUCUGAGCGGUGACAAGUUCAAGUUCGACAAAAACGGAGACGGUCCGGCCAGGUACAACAUCAUCCACUUCAAGCAAAUAGAGCCGGGCAAGUAUAAAUGGAUACGAGUCGGUAAAUACCUGGAGGGUGAAUUACGGCUGAAUAUGUCCGAAAUCCAAUUUAAACUUGGACAUCCUCAGCCGCCCGAAAGUGUGUGCUCUCUGCCCUGCGAGGUCGGCCAAGCAAAGAAAUACGUGGAGGGCGAACGGUGCUGUUGGCACUGCUUCAACUGCACUCAAUAUCAGAUACGACAUCCGAAAGACGAAACCCAGUGCAUUCCUUGCCGCCAAGGCACCGUACCAGACGAAACACAUUCUACUUGUCGUGAUAUCCCCGAGGAAUUUCUGCGACCAGAAAGUGGUUGGGCAAUAGGAGCAAUGUCUUUCUCCGCUGUGGGAAUUAUGAUAACGCUGUUCGUGUGUGGGGUGUUUCUGAAACACAACGACACCCCGGUAGUCCGUGCAUCCGGUCGCGAAUUGUCGUACGUCCUGUUGUCCGGGAUUCUGCUCUGUUAUCUCGUUACGUUUGCCCUGGUGCUGAGACCAACGGACAUCGUUUGCGGUAUUCAAAGAUUCGCCGCAGGAUUCUGCUUCACCGUAGUCUACGCAGCUUUAUUAACAAAGACGAAUCGAAUCUCGAGGAUCUUCAACGCGAGCAAGCACAGCGCAAAGCGGCCAUCUUUUAUAUCGCCGCGUUCGCAGCUGAUUAUCUGCUCGGGUCUGGUGUUCGUGCAGAUUCUAAUUAACGGUGUGUGGAUGAUAAUCGACCCGGCUAGAGCGAUGCACCAUUAUCCAACCAGAGAAGACAACUUGCUCGUAUGCAACAGCUAUGUGGACGCCAGUUACAUGAUCGCCUUCGCCUAUCCAAUUAUGUUGAUCGUGGUGUGCACGGUGUACGCGGUGCUCACCAGAAAAAUCCCGGAGGCGUUCAACGAGAGCAAACAUAUCGGUUUCACAAUGUACACCACCUGCGUCAUUUGGUUAGCCUUUGUGCCAUUGUAUUUCGGUACAGGGAACAAUGUGGCUCUGAGAAUCACCUCAAUGUCAGUAACUAUAAGUCUCUCGGCAUCGGUUACUAUAGCGUGUCUCUUCAGUCCAAAGUUAUAUAUCAUUUUGAUUCGACCUGAGAGGAACGUGCGUCAGAGCAUGAUGCCAGCGAGAUACAGCACCACGAAGAGUUCGGCUGUCACUGCUACGAAUGCAUCAAGUAUGAUAGCGCCGAUUACUUUGACAGCGGCUACGUGUGAUCAGAAUAAAGCUGUUAAGAAACACAUUAUCACUACCAUUGAUUGUUCAACUCAGAGCGAAUACUACGAGCUGGAAGUAAAAGACCGAAAGAACGGAAAGCCCCCACCGACAGUAGUUUCACGAUCGACCCAGACAAGCAACGAGAAGGAUUCGAACGCAAUCGUUUCGAGCAAAGAUUCGAACGCAAUCGUUUCGAGCAAAGAUUCAAACGAGAACACCGCCACAACGAAACAACUGAACAACAAUGCGAGAAUAGGAAACGGACCAGUAAACCAGAGCGACGUUCCCUUAUAGCAGAUGGCCCCGGUAGAAGCAGACAUUUUGUCUGCGAAUCUGAAGCCAAUCUCGAAGAAACCCGUAAUAGUUUGAACAGAUGUCUGAGUAUCGAUAAUAUUUUGUAAAUACGACUGAACAUACUUGGAGCUGUUGAAUAUCGAUGUGAUGAUCGCAGGUAUACUUCAAACGAUGUUUAACCCUUCUGACCCGACAUAUUGGACGAAAUUGUGAAUCUAGUUGCGGUAUAAAAUUGGGGUGCUGAUAAGUUUCGAAAGAUUUGAAUUAGCAUAGAAUUGUGGGAUGGAUUGAAUUUGGAAGGAUGGAGUUAGGAUGGUAAAUGUCUUGGUUAAGACUAUGCAACGAAAUUUCUAUUGGGGUCAGGAAGGUUAAGGUUUCAUGGCUCUAAGAAUGUGUGAAAUUGUGUAAGUUGAAGUGUCGAGCGUCAGGAGAUGUCUUGUAGACGAUGAGUGUUAGGCUUCUUUUGAACCAGGAGAAACUGCCCAUCACUUGCUAAAUUUGCAGGAACUCGAUGUUUCAAUCCCGAUUCCAAAUUUUUUAAUUUUGGAACUUCUAAAUUUCCAACUUCUCAAGUUUCCAAUUCCCCAA